GCCAAAAACGGCAGUUUAAAGAAAAGUGACAAGGAGCCUAUGGCAAACUUUAAGGUGGGGACCGCGUCCACUAUUGACCACGGCCGCUACUCUGCAGAUUGUCAUCUCGCUGCGCCACUAUGCCCUGCCCUGCCCUGCGUGUCAGAUCUCUCGAGGAGGAGUCCCCCAUCCCGCGGCGGAUAGUGGAUGUACCACCGGGCAUGGUUGCCCUCAUCAUCUCCCUCCUCUCUUUCGCUGUGGUGAUUGAAGGGGAGGCCACUGAAGCUGCCACUCAAGUUAACAACCACUCAGAGUCUCAGUGUCUGGACUGGGGUGAGGUGGUGCAGCCCGUGGCUGUGCAGGAGGGGGAGGUCGGGUGGCUGCGUUGCCCACUCCACCACAACGUCUACAACUACAGCUCCACGCAAGCCAGCGGCCUCAACCUCCUCUGGUACCGCAAGGCGGCCGGCCAGUCUCUGGAGGAACCCAUUAAACUCAAACAGUACCCCAAGGACAGAGAGUGGCUGUGGCUGGAACCGGCCACCCAGCAAGACUCGGGCAAAUACACCUGCAUGUUGAGCAACAAGACGUUUUGCAUCAGGGUGUCCAUGAGACUUGAGGUGAUGCCGCAGGGAAAUGGGACGUGUGUGGACCAGGUGGCUGUACCGCCCAAAGAGAAGCGCAUCCCACUCCAGAGUAUGAGAACGUUCUCGUGUCUCGACGUCGACAUGGUACAGCGCCGCAACCUCAGCUACACCACCACGUGGUACCAUGAAUGCAGGACCGUUGAAAGCCUUAACAGAUUUCAAAUGAAAGCUGAUGGUGACACUGUCACUGUGUAUAGCAUGUUUGAGCAUUUACGUGGAAACUACACAUGUGUGGUCUCUUAUGACAAGGCUGGUCGACGUGUCAACUUCACCAGACUGGUCCACGUUGUCGCCGUGUCCAAUGACAAGGUUCGUAAAGAGCCCACCAUACUCAACCCGGCCGAGGGGCAAGAUUUCACUGUUAAACAAGGAGAGACUGCAGUACUGACCUGUAGGGCCCUGCUGCCCUACCUGGAAAGAGAGACCGGAGAGGUAGAGACGCAGUAUCUCUGGUGGACUGUGGACAGCAGAAGAGUGGAGGAUGUGGGUGACCAGCGGUUCAACGUCACCUCCAGGAUGUUACUCAAUGAGUUGGGGGACGAGACCAGAGACACUGUGCUGCAAAUUCGUGACUUCAAGCGGGAGGAUCUGCACAAAAAUUACAGCUGCACCGCUCGCAACAGCCGAGGAAACGCCACAAGCCAAGCUGUCCUCAAGGAGGAGGUGGAGAAGCCAUACGUGGCGCUGAUCUGUGGGCUGUCUGUGAUCAUAAUCAUCAUGGUGUCCAUGUUUGUCAUUUACCACGUCUUCUGGCUGGAGCUGCUACUCUUCUACCGCUCCCACUUUGGCUCCGACGAGAGGUCCACAGAUGAUAAGGAGUAUGACGUGUACAUCUCGUAUGCGCGGCAGAGCGAGGAAGAGGAGUUUGUGAUCAAGACACUGCGCAAGGUGCUGGAGAACGAGCUGGGCUACACCGUGUGCAUCUUCGACAGAGACAGUCUUCCCGGAGGCACCAUAACCGAUGAGACUCUGUCUUUCGUGAAUGCCUGCCGGCGCCAGAUAGUGGUGGUGAGCCCCGAGCGGGAGGUGAAGGGCACCCAGGCCAUGCUGGAGCUGCGGGCCGGCCUGGACCGCAUGGUGUCCGGCGGAGGCCUGCGGGUCAUCCUGGUCCAGUACAAACGCAUCAGCCGUGACAGUUGGGUGCGGGAGCUGAAGCGUGCACGUGGCGUUCUGGCGCUGGUGCGCUGGGAGGGCGAGCGCUCGCACGACCUCUCCUCGCGCUUCUGGAAACGCCUCCAGGUGGAGCUGCCCAUCAGGAGGGUCAAGGGGUCGUUGUCGCUGCCACUGGAGUCAGUGACGACAGAGCAGAGCUCUGUGCCGCUGAAGAGCAAAGAGGCAGUGAAACGCAUAGGUGUCCUAAGCUGUCUAAAGACAUGAAGUUGUGUGGUCGGGAGAGUUGAAAAGGUGAUCAGGCCCAUAGAGUAUUGCUAACCUGGCUCUGCCUGAGUGCUCAUUUUCUCACUGGGAUUACAUCCUGGAAUGCCUUUUAGCAUUAUUAGCGUUCGCUCAGCCACCAGGAUGGCUUCAAUCAUUGACCAAAAGAGGUUGCCAAGUGCAGUGACAUGGGGCGAUGAGGAGGACACAUGUAACUCCUCUGCUAGUCACCCUCCACUGGCUAACAGGUCAACACCAGCCUAUGCUAUGCUAUGAUUCAGUUCUACUAACCCUCACGGCCACAUAUUAUUAUUAUUAUUAUUAUUAUUAUUAUUAUUUGUCUUGUGUUUUGUUAGUGGUUAUGGGAAAAAAAAAUACAAUGCUAAAUGCAAUGCUGUAACCAUAACCAUUUGCUCACUUACACUACAUUAAAAUGGCACUUUCCGUUCCUUUGCAAAAUAAUUUUGCACUCUUUUUCAUUUUUAUCUGUGUUCACAACAUGUAUUGUUUUCAUGCUUGA